AUGGCGAAUCUUGAUACAGGGGCACAGGUUGCGCAGGCCGAAACCUUCCGCCAAUAUCUUCCAGACCUCAGCACCCCACGCUUCCAACGCAUAGCUGAAUGCGAUGCCUACAGCCAUGCCGCCGAGGCUCUGGUACACAAGCGGCCACCGUGGCUGUACGGACUCUUGCAGCACUGGAUGAGCUUGCUGAAGGAGCCGUACCGGGGCGUCACAAACGACGGCACUGUGCGCCACGGCCUGUUCAAGCUACGGGACGAGGGCAUUCCAAUCGCCGCCAUCGCCGCCGCAGCCGACGCCGUCAUCGCCAAGCUCGGCCCGGAGCAACGCAAAAAGACCCUCCUUCACGUCGACAACCUCGAAGGCUGGCGGACAUGGAGCAACCCGGAAUUCUUGAUCUCGGACAAGGGCGUGCGCUUGGACGAGCUAUCUGAAGAUCUGCGGAACGCGGUGCUCAAGGUGCUGGAGGCGAGUCUCAGUGCCGAGGGUUACCAAAAGGCCCUUGGUGCUAUGCGGGUGAAUCAUUUCCUCGGCGAGCUUGUAAAUGCACACAAGGUCAUGAACGAGUUCAGCUACAACUUUGUCCUGUUCGGCCUGCCAUCCACAGACGCGCCCUGGGGCUACAGCUUCUACGGUCACCACCUGUGUCUCUCGGUGUUCUUCUACGGGCCCCAGAUCGUGGUCAGCCCGUGGUUCACCGGCGCAGAGCCGAACAUCAUUGACGAGGGUCCGUACAAGGGCACGCGGAUCCUGUACGAGGAGGACCGGCUCGGGCUCCAGCUGAUGCAGAGCCUGAGCCAGGAGGACAAGGACAAGGCGCAGACGUACAAGAACAUGAAGGACGACAAGAUGCCCAAGGGCCGCUGGAACCACGACGAUCAGCGUCACCUGCUCGGCGCCUACCGCGACAACCGGACCGUUCCGUACGAGGGCAUCGUCGUCUCGUCGCUCUCCGAGGCGCAGCAGGCCCUGGUCCUGGGCGUGCUGGAGCAGUACCUCCUGUACCUCCCCGCGCGGUCGCGCGCGCUCAAGCUGCAGGACUGCCGGGACUGGCUCCACGAGACGUACUUCUCGUGGAUCGGCGGCUACGGCGACGCCGACGCCUUCUACUUCCGCAUCCAGAGCCCCGUCGUCAUCGUCGAGUUCGACCACCACUCGGGCGUCUUCCUGACCAACACCGAGCCCAAGCGCUUCCACAUCCACACCUUGUUGCGCACCCCCCACCGCGGCGACUACGGCAUGGCGCUGAGGGAGCUCAGGCGGCCCGCUUUUGAGGGCGAGGUCAACCAGGACUAUGUGUGGGAGGGCUAG